CCUGGCUAAGCAAGGUCAGGUUACGCUAGCUCUGUAUGCAAACAUGCCUGACUCGCCCGUUCGCCUAUCUCGCCCCCCCCCCCCCCCCCCCCCCCCAGCAUCGGAGAACGGAGGGAACCAGGGAGCUCCGGCCGCCUAGAACCGGAGCUCCCAAAUAGAUCGAUCCAUCGGUCGUUGAGCGGACACGGCAAUGGAAGCCCACGCCUCGCGGGGCCGCCGCACCCUGGAGGAGAUCCGGCAGAAGAGAGCCGCCGAGAGGAUGCAGCACGCCCUCCCGAUCGCGGCGUCUCACGUCGACUCUCACGGGAACCAAAGAGCCGGAGCUGAGCUUCUUGCUCGAGUUCAAGAACUUGAAAAUGGGAACACGGAAUUGAUUGAUGAGAAGGGAGUUGAGAAGGAUGCCCUUGUAAACCGUUUGAAUGAUCUCGAGCGGAAUGUAGUUCCCUCUUUGCAAAAAAACUUGAAUGACAUUUCUUUGGAGAAAGAUGCUGCUGUAGUUGCUAAGGAGGAUGCUCUAGCUCAACUCAGGAGCAUGAAGAAACGGCUCAAGGAAGCAGAAGAAGAACAGUAUAAGGCAGAAGAAGACUCAGCCUCCUUGAGAGCACAGCUAAACACCCUGCAGCAGCAAGUAAUGGGACACUCUUACAGUGGAUAUACAAUGGGAAUAUCGACUGAGGAAUCUGUUGCCAUGGAAAAGGAGAUACAAGAUUUACAGGCACAGCUAAAGCAAGAGUCACUGCUAAGACAACAGGAGCAACAAAAAUUAGCUGAAGAGUCGCAGCUGAGGCAACAAGAGCAAGAAAAACUAGCCAAAGAACAAAUCCAUAUUGCUUCUCUGGAGGCUGAAAAGCAACAGCUGGAAGACCAAAUUACUAUGUUGACAAAGAAAGCUACAGAGGACGCUUCUGAGUUUGCUGCACACAAGGCAUUUUCAAUGCAAGAUAGGGAAAAACUUGAAAACCAGUUGCAUGACAUGGCUUUGAUGAUUGAGAGGCUAGAGGGGAGUCGUCAAAAACUGCUAAUGGAGAUUGAUUCUCAAUCGUCAGAAAUAGAGAAACUGUUUGAGGAGAAUUCGGCCUUAUCUACUUCUUAUCAAGAAGCCAUAGCUAUUACAGUACAAUGGGAAAACCAGGUUAGAGAUUGUCUGAAGCAAAAUGAAGAGCUCCGUUCUCACUUGGAGAAACUAAGACUUGAACAAGCUAGCCUGUUGGAAGUAAGCAAUAUCACUACCAAAUCAGAUGGACAAAUUGAAAACAGUAUCUCAAACCUACCAGAAAUGGUCACCGAGAAUAUUUCUCUGAAGGGUCAGCUUAUAAAAGAACAGAGCAGAUCUGAGAGUUUGUUGGCAGAGAUAAUGAAACUUUCAGCUGAGCUUAGGAAAGCAGUCCAAGCACAGAAUAACCUUGUACGCUUGUACAGGCCUGUAUUAAGAGACAUUGAGAGCAAUCUGAUGAAAAUGAAACAAGAAACUUAUGCGACGAUCCAAUGAUACAUGGUGUCAAACUCAAUCCACGAUACUGUGGAAUGGCCGCAUAGUCACAAGCUCCACCGUAGGCCUGGUUCGGUUGCAUCUGAAUUGGAGGUGAUUGAAUCCCCUUCUAUUCAAUUUUAACUAGGGAGAGAUUUAAUCCCAUCCAAUCUUCUCUGAUCCAGACGCAACCAACAAGCCCUUGCUCAAGAUGCUGGUGAAUGUAUUGGUCUCAUGCCAUUUUCAAGAUGCUGGUGGAAAGCAGUUCUUUCGGUGGCUACCAUUCAUAAGUAGAGUUCUGUCGAGAUCGUUCAACCUGUAUCAUACUCUUGUAUACCCGAUUCCCACCGGUUCAUCUUAUAAACUGGGGGCAAAUGGAGAAAAAGAUUGGUUAGGGCUUGUUUGGUGAAAAAGAUUGGUUAGGGCUUGUUUGGUUACAACUUACAAGGGAGGUGGAGGGGACUGGAGGGAAAUAAACUAAUUUUUCCCUUAAUCCCCACAUUUCCCUUCUAACCAAAACAAAUUAUUAUCCCUGCUCUCAGUCCACAAAUUGGGCGCAACAACUUUUUAAAUCAUGUCAUUUGCGUCCGCAUGUUCGUUUGGCCGUUGGAUGGGUCCGCAUGUAGGGUGUAUUUGGUUUGGUGAAUGAGGUGGUCUAUUUCU